GAAGCGCGUUUUUUGAAAUCGUCCAAACAACUCAAUUUUUCUUCAUUUGAUUGAUAGUUUAUAAAACCGCUGAUAGAAAUAGAGGAACUGUCAAUAUCAUGAGAUUCAGAGGCAAAAACCUGUGGUGAUUUUAUUGUCUGGUGUGGCAGGUGCAGUAAGAGGAGAGGUACUGACCAUGCUGGGAGAAGAUGAAUCUGCUAGGGACGGAUCGCAAGAUCAGGAGGAAGGAGUGCAGGGCACCAUUCUUGAUGAUAUAAAACAACGACAGAAAACAAUUCCUGACGACCAUGUCCAAAAAUUUCCAGAGUCCCGGAAAGUCAGCCUUGGCACACGUGGCCGGAGAGUCAGUCAAGGGUACCAAGAAAUUGGUCAACAAAUUCAGAUGCAAAUGGCACUCAAAGAGUUGUCAAAAAGACAUGAAAUCCAUGAGGAAAAAGAGAUUGAAGAAGAUGAACAUUCUGUGCAUCAUCAUGCCUCAACGGUAAAAAGUGAAGAAUUAGACAUCAAACCCAAACGCAAAACAACUCGAAAAGGUGCAGCUGAAGCAGUCUGUGCUUCACGGACGAACAUCACAACUGAACAGUAUCAUGUAUGACUUUGUGGAAAGCAAGACAUUCACAGGUUUCAUCUUGUUGAUCAUAUUGAUGAAUACUGGUAUUCUCAUGGCUCAGACUUAUGCAGUUGUGACUGUCAGGGUCGCUUGGUACUUCAGUUUCAUUGACAGUAUGUUCCUGAGUGUUUAUUUAAUAGAGUGUGCCCUGAAAGUGUACGUCUAUCGCCGACUAUACUUCAAAGAAGGCUGGAACUUACUUGAUUUCACAAUUGUGGUCUUCAAUAUCAUUGACUUUCUCGUUCCCAUGGUUGUCCAAAACAUCGAGGGCUUCAAUAUAAUGACGGUUUUUCGUAUUCUGAGGAUGUUUCGAGCUUUCCGUGCCAUCAGAGCUCUGAGAGUGCUGAGAACAAUCAGAUUCAUGAGUAACCUCCAGGUGAUCAUGACGACGUGUCUUCAGUCAAUCCAGUCCAUGGGUGCUAUCGUCAUGCUCAUACUGUUGGUGUUAUACAUGUUUGCUGUGAUAGGAAGAGGGCUGUAUUUCAAGCAAGAUCCCGUCCGAUUCGGUAUGCUGCCUUCAGCUGCGUUUACGCUCUUCCAGCUCCUGACUCUUGAUGACUGGUUUGAGAUAUACACAGACAUAACAAACAAUGAUCCCAAUUCCUGGCACAUCUUCAUUUUCCUGUUUAUCUACAUUGUAAUGGAAUACUUUGUUUUUCUCAACUUGUUUGUGGCUGUGCUGGUAGACAACUUCCAGCUCACCCUGGAAGCUUCCAAUGAAGAGAAGAGAAGGUUUCUGAAAGCCCAGGAUCAGGAGGAGGACGAAGAUGAUGAAGAGGAUCUCUACCACAUGAAUAAUAACGAUGAUGCUGCCAGUGACAUUACAAGGAGCAGUGAACAAUCGGCCAGACUCGCAAGAAAAUCAGUGUCCGAAUUAUAUAUUAGUCAGGAUUCCAGUGAGAAGGAUCAUCUGCGGCAUUACUUCCAAUGUUUAGCAGCGCUGGAGUAUGUCUCACAACAACUAGACAGUCAGAAGAAGACCAUUGAUAAUAUUGUGGAUCUUUGCAUUGAGACUAGUGAUGAUGUUGUGACAUAGCCUAAGGACGGGUUCCAGACGUCAUCAAGAAGAGCCCAGCCUUCCAGGAUCCUCUGUUGGGUCCGUGACAUGGCCUAUGACACUGUUCAAGGUGCCACAUAUAAGAGAGGACAAUCAGUGGUUGUAUAACAGAAUACUGUAUUCAUGCAGAGUGUACAUUCGUCUCAGAGUGGGAGUGGUUCAGUAAAGUCUGAAGUCAACAGCACUAUUUUGCUGGGUAUUGCAUUACAUACGCAGGUGUACACAAAUUAUGGUAGAAUCUUUGUGUACAUUUCCUGAUACGUUCAAGGACUAUCUCCGGAACCAUAUUUCGGAUUCAUUGAUGGCUGUCAUGAAUUUACAAUGCUUCCCUUUGUUUUUGUUAUGGACACUAUUCGUUUAUGUAUGCUAGUCAUCUGACGUUCUGAAGUUAAGCCAUCCUUUGGUAGUGAUUCUAGUAAUCCUCAGAGAAAAUUCUUAUUUUCUGAUGGCUGUCGGAAAUUCUUUGUUGAAGAAUGAUAAACAACAUAACAAGUUGUUACUGCAUGUUGAGAUGUAUAUAAGUUUUACAUAUGUACAGAAAUAAUAA